AUGGAGGACACACCAGGACAUCAAUUUCUGGCUUCAGUUCGAGAGAUAUUUCAAGAAGCCGAAAAUGAAGGUUUCACUUCGCGAGCCGAAUUCCGCGAAGUGGCCCGUUCAAUACUCGCCUUUCUUGGGACAUGCAAGAAAAUGACAGGAGCCCGCGCUCGUGCCAGCUGUUUCAUUUGUUUGCCAGAUGGCCGGACCGUCAGAACCCACGUGGCACUACCUCCAGGAGGACUAAAUUUGAGCAGGCAAACAAACAAACAGUUACGAGAGGCGGAGCAUGCUCAUGAGUUUGGCGGCAUCUUGUUGUCAGCCAUUGAUAAGCAGUCGAAAGCCCAGCAAUUGCUUCCUAGCAAACCUCGUGAGAGUAUGACGAAGGCUCGGAGACGGGGUUCAACAAAGAGGAAGUUGGGCGAGCGUUCACUGGCUUCUUCACCGGAAUAUACGCCUGUGGAAAGAGGCCCGCGUCGGAGCAAGGCAGCCAAGAAGUCACCCGUAUCGGUGAAGAGCGGGCGCAAGAGCAAACAUACAAACGACGAAGGUGACGAUGGCCUUGGUGAAGCAAAGGGCCAGAUACCGGGAGGUGUUUGUGGUCAGGUGCGUCGACCCGUGGUGUUCAAGAGACCAACGGCGGAUGGUUCACAGGGAAAGCAGCAGCAUGCGCAAGAUACAAAACUUUCAAUAAUUCUACGACGGACGAAACGGUCUAUGGAGACUUCUACGCAAGAGACUGCGCUUGACGGGAAUUGUGAUCCUGUUGCCUCGACAACGGCCGCAGAUUACGGGGAGAAAGACCUUGCACUGAAGAAGUCAUCGCCUAUAGAGCAGCAAACACCGGAAAUGCAGUUGCAUGAUGACGCGGCCGAGUCCAAUGUAUCCAGUGACAGCGAGGACGGGUCGAUUUUCUCUGAAGAGUCCCGCGCUGGGUCUCCGAUGCAGGUAGACUCGCCUGAAGACUUGGCUGCGGACAGUCUGGCUGGUAAAGAAGAGCGAAAUGCUAUUGAGGCAAAGAAAACUGGUGUAAGUGCUGGGCAGUCAGGGGCAGCAACUCGACUAGAACAUAUGUUGCCACAUAUAAGCGACCAAAUCUCGUCUGUCAGUACUGAACGCUGGGGUAAAUAUCAUCGCAGGAUCAUGACUUUUGCCAACUCGGAGACCAUUCGGGAGGCAAGCUACGAGACACGGCUCGAGAAGAUUGCCGAGAUAGUCUACAUGCCUGAGGAGCUGAGUGCAAUUGCUGCCAAGGAAUAG